AGAAGUGAUCUGAAGUUUGGGUGUUUAUAUAGUUGGCGAUCUCCCCCAGCUUUCAACUUUCCAGGGUUUACUUGUCCUCUUUUUCCACGUCGAAACACCCAAACCACAACCAUAACCACCAUCACAAUGGCUGCCGCUGUCCCCAUCACUUAUCCUCCUCUCGAGGAGCGCCCGCUCAAGAACACCAUCUGCUUGUUCGAUGUCGAUGGCACCCUUACUCCUGCGCGACUGACCGUCGCCCCCGAAAUGCUGACCCUCCUCUCCAACCUCCGCCAAAAAUGCGCCAUCGGCUUCGUCGGCGGCUCCGACCUAGUCAAGCAGCAAGAACAGCUCGGCUCCUCCUCGGUCGACGUCACCACCCUCUUCGACUUCUGCUUUGCCGAGAACGGAUUGACGGCCUACAAGCUCGGCCAGCCCCUGCCCUCCAACAGCUUCAUCAAGUGGAUCGGCGAGGACCAGUACAAGGAGCUGGUCCGCUGGAUUCUGCACUACAUUGCCGAUUUGGACAUCCCCAUCAAGCGCGGCACGUUCAUCGAGUACAGGAAUGGCAUGAUUAACGUCAGCCCGAUUGGCCGUAAUGCGAGCACCGCGGAGAGAAACGAGUUUGAGAAGUUUGAUAAGGAGGCGGGAGUGAGGAAGGAGAUGGUGGAGAAGUUGAGGGAGAGGUUUGGGCAUUUGGGUUUGACCUUCUCCAUCGGCGGCCAAAUCUCCUUCGACGUCUUCCCCACCGGCUGGGACAAGACCUACUGCCUGCAGCACCUCGAGAACGAGGCCAAGAAGGCCAACGGUAUUGAGUACACUACCAUCCACUUCUUUGGCGACAAGACCUUCAAGGGCGGCAACGAUUACGAGAUUUACGAGGAUCCUAGGACUAUUGGUCACUCGGUUACCGGACCGCAGGACACGGCGGCUGAGUUGAGGAAGCUUUUUGACCUUUAAGUUGGGGUCAGGGGCUGCCGAGGGAUGAGGAGACAAUGACGGAAUAAGUUAAAACCUACAUAGGGAUGAAGAUAAUUGGUAAUGAUGAUUUGAAGACAACGGACCUUGAAGAGUUCGGCAUGAUAGAUAUGUCGGGAUGAUCUGGUUGUGCUGUUCGUGAAAGCGACUUACAUCUUUCUUGAGCUUGCUUGUUACAAGGCACAGAGUUCUUCUUAUUGCUAUUUCCCUCUUUCUGCUUCCCAAAUUACCUCCUGAGUAACAUUUCGACACCAAGCUGAUAAGCAAAAAUACAACCAGUCGCGAAUCAAGGGAGGUAUCCUAC